GUGUAUGAGCGCAUGCCUCGUCAGUAAUCUACUCACUGAUGCCUAUAAAUGAACAAGUUGUUUAACGCUCCCUCCCUCACUGAUUUCCGCUUCCUCUGUCCUUUCUACUCAGAAUGGCUCUUCUACUUUGUAUUCAACUUUUGCCUCUCGUCUUACAAUGCUCAGCUGAAGGCACUGGGGUAGAGACUACCUCCUCUGCUGCCAUCUCCAGUCCCACUGUAUCUUCAUCUCCAGACUCAGACUCCCGGCACCUAAAAUUUAUCAUCAUCGGUCUGCUCUGUGGUGCCGCCGUGCUCUGUGAUCGUUUCUGUUCUUCUCUCAAUAUAUUGUCGAGAACGCAAACGCAGUAUAUCUGAUGGAGAGGAUAUCGUGAUUGCGAAUAAGAUCUUGGACAAAUGGGAAGGAGUGCACCCAGUUUCGAAUGGCCCUGGGAAAGAUGUCCUGGACUACGACAUCUUCGUCUCUUGACGCU